AUGGAGAUGAUCAAUCUAUUUUGCAUUGCUAUACAACAAAGAUACAGAAGAAGGAGAUUUUUGGAGUUAGUUCAGCGUUAUGAACGACGCAGAAGGCCAAGGUUAUUUUUACCUAGAAUAGGGUUACAUACCCUGAGUGACAGGGAAAUUGUUCGGAGAUUCCGUUUGAAUAGAGGUUUAAUUGAGAAUCUGUAUCUGGAGAUCAAAGACUCCAUUGAACCUAUAACUUAUAGGACAAAGGCAAUCCCUGGAAUGUUAAAACUGCUGGCUGUCCUCUAUUUCCUCGCCACAGGAUCAUUUCAGGCUGUAACAAGUUUAGUUGUGGGGAUGAGCCAGGCUUCUUUUUCAAGUCAUCUAACUGUAGUAUUAAAAGCCUUACACCAACGGAUAGUGAAUUAUGUACAUUUUCCGGAAACACCAGAGGAUUGGCAUCGUGUGAAGGUGCAGUUCUAUGGGAUUGCUGGGAUGACAAACAUUUUGGGUGCAAUUGACUGUACCCAUGUGUUAGUGCAGCCUCCAAAGUUAGGAGAAUUGCCCUAUCGUGACCGCAAGCGUAACCAUUCUUUAAAUAUACAGGUCAUCUCUGAUGCCAAAUUGAAGAUUAUGAGCAUCCGGUCAGGAUUCCCAGGUUCAACACAUGAUUCUUUCAUCCUGAGAAAUUCGCAUGUUUAUGACCUGUUUCAGAAUCAUCAAAUGCCAGAGGGAAUUCUCCUAGAUAAAUAUCUCUUACUAAUUGUCAUAUAUGGAUAUAAAAAUAUUAUGUAUUUCAUAUUGCUAAAAUCAAAUUAUUUUUUGCACACAGGAGAUUCAGGCUAUUCAUGUCUCCAAUGGCUUUUCACUCCUGUGCUGAACCCCAGAACUCCUGCGCAAGUGCGCUACAAUGAGGCUCAUACAUCUACAAGAUGUGUUAUAGAGCGCACAUUUGGCGUUUUGAAAAGCAGGUUUCGUUGUUUAGACCUCUCUGGGGGAGUACUUCUAUACAAACCAAAGAAAGUAUCCCUGAUAUUUCUCAUAUGUUGCAUGCUCCACAACCUAGCAUUACGCAUGCCAGAUGCUGAUAUUUCUAUGUUACAAGUAGAGUAUGAUGACAAUGUGGCACCUUUAGAGCAAAUUGAUGCAAGUGGAGUACAAGCUCGAUCUGAUUACAUCCAUGCUCUAUUUGAACAAUGA